AAAAUAUUGUCUAUUGUGUUAUUGAUUAUGUAGUAUAGUUGAGCGAGGAGUUCACUGCCCAGCUUAUAUUCAUUAUUUGUGAUUGUCAGGAAAUAUUUAAAGAAUUUGAGGUUUAAACGAAAGAUAUACAUACGUAUACGAUUUACUUGCAUUUAAAUAAACAAAAUUAUUAAAAUAUUUAUAAAUUACAUAAAAUUUCAAAAUGCUUCGAAUACCUACUAACACCUUAAUUAAGAGACAAAUACAUGGAAAUGCAGAAAUAGUAAAAAAUUGUAAAGAAAUCAGGAAUCGCAAUCCACGAAAUUUAGAACGUUUAAGAAUCGCAAGGAAACCUAUAGGAUAUGCUCUUGAUAAACGUGAAUGUGGAUAUUGGCAUAAGUUGGUUGUACAUACCACUCAACGUCAUGUUGUAGCAGAAAUAUGUCAUUUUGAAAAUGGUCCAGUUAUCACAGUAUCAAGUAAAGAUUGGGGAUUGAAAAAACAAUUAUAUAGCACAAAUGACUGUAUAGCAUAUAAGUUUGUGGGACGUAUGCUUGCACAACGUUGCUUAGAAAGUGGUAUAUCUGAAAUUUAUUUGAAUAAAACUUCUUUUGUUAUUGGAAAGAAAGUACAAUCACUCAUCGAUACACUGUUAGAAAGUGGAAUUUGCUUACAAGAACCAGAGCAAUAUAAACACCCAAGACCUGGGACCAUGAAUUAUCCAGAGAAGCCUUGGGAAACAUAUGAAUAGUAUUCAGUUAUGUAUAAAUAUUAUAUAAAAGUAUAUAUAUAGUACACAGCAAUAAAUAUAAGUUGCAUAAACUAA